AUGGAGGUCCCUUACAUUCUCGCAGAAGCCCCGUCCAACCUUUUGUUGAAGGGUGUGAGACCUUCGAUUUGGCAAGCUCGGAUUAUGGUAUCUUGGGGUAUCGUGCUCUGCUGUCAUGCAGCCGUGACAAACAGGCAGGGUCUAUAUGUCGUCCGGUUCUUCCUCGGUCUAUUUGAGGCUGGCCUGUGGCCAGGGAUGCUCUUACAGUUAUGCUAUUGUACUGUGAUCAGUGGUGUCCUUGCAUUUGCUUUCAAUGGUGUCGUUGCUGGUGGUCUAUCCGGAUGGAAAUGGCUUAUUUUGACGGAAGGAAUUUUCACAGUCUUACUGGGAAUCUUUACGUAUUUCUUCCUGCCUGAUUUUCCUUCAACUGCAUCCUGGUUAUCCGAAAAAGAAAAGGCUUUCACUCAAGCCCGACUACCUAGCAACUCCCCUCGAGCGGCGGAGGCUAACUUCAAUCUGCGCGAACUAAUCACGACCUUGAAGGAUAAGCGAAUCUGGCUUUUUCUCUCCUGUUGGGCAUUCUUCACUAUCGGCACAACGGGACUCAAUUUCUACCAACCAACCGUCAUUUCCAAUCUUGGGUUUACGUCUAUGGGCGAAGCCCAGUUACUUAACAUUCCAUCUGCGGUCUUCGCAGUGAUAUUGACAGUCGCAUUCGGUAUCUUCGCAGAUACCGGGCGUAUCCCUCAACCGGCCAUCCCGCUUGGAUUCAUGAUUGUCAUUCUGGCAUGCUAUGGCGUGCUGUAUGCCUUCCCAAACAACGGUGGUGUAUAUGCCGCGACGAUUGUAGCAGGAGGUUUCUCAACCGCAUGGUAUACAAUGAUGUGGCCCUGGCGAGUCCAGACCACCGAGGGCGCAACUGGAUCUGCCUUUGCAAUCGCAUUUGCGAACAGUUAUGGGCAGAUCGGAGGUGCUGUGGGAUCUCAGCUAUUCAAUUCCCGGUUUGCGCCACGAUAUACGACCUCCUUUGGGAUUGCGAUGGGAUUUGUUGGUAUGGCUAUUAUUAUGAACCUGAUUACUUGGGCUUUUACUUGGCGAGUGGAUGUUGAUACCAGGAAACUAAAGAGGAUUCGAGUUGCGGCGGCGAAAGAGAAUCAGGCUGUGUUGGAUGAUGUUGACAUUCAUGCCGGAGAGAAGAAAGACAGGUAA